AUGCCUGCUACAGCAGGAAGGGUUCGCAUGCCUGCGAACAAUAGGGUUCACAGCAGUGCAGCUCUUCAAACCCAUGGCAUAUGGCAAAGUGCCAUUGGCUAUGACCCUUAUGCACCAAACAAGGAAGACAAGAAGGAUUCUACGCAAAAUCUGCCAAAUGCAGAACCUGAUGCUGAGAAUGCAUAUGCUAGCUUUCAGGGGCUUCUACAGCUUGCUAAGAUAACAAAUGCUGAUGUGGAUAUAUCCCGUGGGGCCUGCAAGAAGUGUGGUCGUGUUGGACAUCUCAAGUUUCAGUGCAAGAACUAUGUGAAAAUCAAGGAUGAAAAUGGAGAGAAGGAUCCUGAUGCAAUGCAGCCUGUGGGGUUGAUUGGAUUGGAUAAAAAAUUGAAGGCUGAGAAGGUGGAUAAGCGAAGUAAUGUUGAGAGCUCAGAAGAGGAGGAGGACAGUGAUAGUUCAGAUUCUGAGAUUGAUUCAGAGAUUGAGAGAAUUAUUGCUGAAAGGUCUGGGAAGAAAAUUAGUGGGAAGAGAUGUUCUUCCAGAACGAAGGGGGAAUCAGAUGAUGACGAAUCAGACAAAGAUUCUGACAAGAGGAGAAAGAGAGGUAGGUCAAAGAAAAGGAGUUCUAAGAGGAAAGUUAGUGAUUCAGAUGAUUCAGAGGAAGAGAGGAGGAGGAGGAGGAAGAGAAGGAGGGAACACCGGAGGAAGAGGGAGAAGUCUCCAGAUGAAGAUGACGAGUAUAGACGCAGGCGUCGGAGGGAGAAGUCUCCGGAUGAAGAUGACGAGUAUAGACGCAGGCGUAGGAAGGGUAGGCAUGUCAACAAAUCAGAAAAGAGAAGGAGCCGUCGUCACGAUGGGGAUGAUGAAUGA